AUGGGGAAAAAACAACAUUCUAAAGAUAAAUUAUAUAUACUACCUUCUGAAUAUUGCUUAGAUUGGGGUGGCUAUAAGUUCAAUAAUAAACCUGUGGAAUAUACAAAAUUUGAUGAAUGCGCGUUAACCUUAAUGCCUAUAAAAGAUGCAGUAUGUACGAAGGAAGGUAUAGUAUAUGAAAAGGAUAAUAUAGAAAGAUAUAUAGAUAUAUACGGUCAGAAUCCAUUCAAUGGAGAGCAACUUAGUAAGAAUGAUGUUAUACAACUACAUUAUAAUCUGAAUAGUGAGGGAAAGUUCUGCUGUCCAAUAACUAAGAAGGCUUUUGGAAAUAGCUCUCACAUUGUAGUUAACUCAAAAAGUGGGUAUGUUUACAGUUACAAUACGGUUGAUGAACUAAAUAGAAAGGCUAGGAAUUGGAAUGACUUGGUUACAGGUGAGAAAUUCUCCUCAAAAGACUUGAUAGUAAUACAAGAUCCACUGCACUUUCAAAGUAGAGAAUUAAAGAAUUUUCAUUAUAUUAAAGAGGGUAGAAGACUAACAGCUCAAUUUGGAGACCUAAGAGUGUCGCAACAAGAACAUGAGUUUUAA